AUGGCCGCAGCCACGGCCGCGGCAUCGGGCCCCUGGGCCGCGACCCCGCAGGUGCGGGGCGUUCUUGUUGCAGAUGCCCCGGGCGGAGCGCGUCCGUGCGACCGCGCAUCCGCGGGGUGGGUCGCGCCUGGGAAUCCAGACCGCGAGGCGCGGAUACGGCUGUGGUCGCCGCCCGUGAGCAGGGGGAAGCUGCAGGAGCUGGAGUCGCUGCUGUCGGAGGACGUGCCCGCGCUGCUGGGCCUCGCCUUCCUCGACCCGAGCUGCCGUGGCGCUUCCGACGAGGCCGCGGCGGCGGUCGAAGCACUGGUUGCGAAGCCAGGGUACGGGGGCUUCAUGUCGAGCGCGUGA